AGAAGGCGAAGGGUGGGGAGAGGGGCUCCACGCUUCCUCGCCAAGUGCCAGCCCUUGGAAGUUGCCCCUCGGUUUUUAACCCUUUCACGGGAGUGGGGGCACCAGCCUGGGGGAAGGCGAUACCCCGGAACAAACUCCUCCAGGGGUCAGGAGGAGCAGCCGCCUACCACCCACCCACCCACUCAUCACCGCGUUUUCCCAUCCCCCCGGAAAUGCGGGGCAGAGCAGGGCGCUAGGAGGCACCCGGGGAAGGUGGAGAGAGGGGAGGGGGAGGGGGGGAGAAGGGGCGGCCAACUCAAGAAAGACCCUCUCGACCACCCGUCUUCUUUUCCUUGAGGUCGCCCACAAUUUCAAGUUUCCCCCGCCCGGGAUAUUAGUUUCCAUCUGCCGUGGGUGGGGGAGGAGAGCCGCGCCCCCUCCCCCGACCCGCGCGCGCCCCUCCCCUCCGCUCCUCUCCCUCCCAUCCGCCCCUGCCAGCACUUUCUGCUCACUUCUGGCGCUGCAAAACGCCACGCGAUAGAUUCGAUUCACGUUUUUUAAAAGCUGCGAUUCCAGAGAGGGGCCUAGGGCGAGGGUCUCCCCGUGCCGACUCCCCGGGAGGCGGGGUGCUCAGUGCAAACCUUGUUCCCUCCGCGAGUGUCGCCUCCAGGCUGUUAUUUGCAAAGAAACGUCUUUUUGACGCAGGGAGAAAUGGCAAAUUUUAACACGGGCUUAGGUCAGGCAGGCUGACCGUCCCCGGCAGGGUGCGGGCCCGGCCGCCUCCCUCGCCGCGACCCCGGAUGGAUGCGCGCCCCCCGCCCGCCCGCGCCGGCCCCAGGAGCUCGGGGUUUCGGGAGCAUCCUUCCCGCGCCGGCCUCCGCCGUGGCGCGUAGCCGAGGGCAGCGCCCCUCGAAAGGGCACCGCGGAGCAAGAUGGAAGAGAAGAGGCGAAAAUACUCCAUCAGCAGUGACAACUCUGACACCACUGACAGUCACGCUACAUUGGCAUCAAGAUGCUCCAAACUGCCCAGCAGCACCAAGUCGGGCUGGCCCCGGCAGAACGAGAAGAAGCCCUCAGAGGUUUUCCGAACAGACUUGAUCACAGCGAUGAAGAUCCCAGACUCAUACCAGCUCAGCCCGGAUGACUACUACAUCCUAGCAGACCCUUGGCGACAAGAAUGGGAGAAAGGUGUGCAAGUGCCCGCUGGGGCAGAGGCCAUUCCAGAACCUGUGGUGAGGAUCCUCCCUCCACUGGAAGGCCCCCAGGUGUCCCCUAGCUUUUCUGAACUUGGUGAGGGCUCACAGCCUGAUUGGCCAGGGGGCAGCCGCUAUGACCUGGAUGAGAUUGACGCCUACUGGCUUGAGCUCAUCAACUCGGAGCUCAAGGAGAUGGAGAGGCCAGAGCUGGACGAGCUGACACUGGAGCGUGUGCUGGAGGAGCUGGAGACACUGUGUCACCAGAACAUGGCACGAGCCAUCGAGACUCAGGAGGGACUGGGCAUCGAAUACGAUGAGGACGUGGUCUGUGAUGUGUGCCGAUCUCCAGAGGGCGAAGAUGGCAACGAAAUGGUCUUCUGUGACAAAUGCAACGUCUGCGUGCACCAGGCAUGCUAUGGGAUCCUCAAGGUGCCCACAGGCAGCUGGCUAUGCCGGACGUGUGCCCUGGGUGUCCAGCCAAAGUGCCUGCUCUGCCCCAAGCGAGGAGGAGCCCUGAAACCCACCAGAAGUGGGACCAAGUGGGUGCACGUGAGCUGUGCCCUGUGGAUUCCUGAGGUCAGCAUCGGCUGCCCAGAGAAGAUGGAGCCCAUCACCAAGAUCUCACAUAUCCCAGCCAGCCGCUGGGCUCUAUCCUGCAGCCUCUGCAAGGAGUGCACAGGCACCUGCAUCCAGUGUUCCAUGCCUUCCUGCGUCACGGCAUUCCAUGUUACGUGCGCCUUUGAUCAUGGCCUGGAGAUGCGGACUAUAUUAGCAGAUAACGAUGAGGUCAAGUUCAAGUCCUUCUGCCAGGAGCACAGUGAUGGAGGCCCGCAGACUGAGCCCACUUCUGAGCCCAUGGAGCCCAGUCCAGCUGGUGAGGACUUGGAAAAGGUGACCCUCCGCAAGCAACGGCUACAGCAGCUGGAGGAAGACUUCUAUGAGCUGGUGGAGCCUGCUGAGGUGGCUGAACGCCUGGACCUGGCAGAGGCACUGGUUGACUUCAUCUACCAGUACUGGAAGCUAAAGAGGAAAGCCAAUGCCAACCAGCCACUGCUGACCCCCAAAACUGAUGAGGUGGAUAACCUGGCCCAGCAGGAACAGGAUGUCCUGUACCGCCGCCUCAAACUCUUCACACACCUGCGGCAGGACCUGGAGAGGGUUAGAAAUCUGUGCUACAUGGUGACAAGGCGCGAGAGAACGAAACACGCCCUCUGCAAACUCCAGGAGCAGAUAUUCCACCUGCAGAUGAAACUUACUGAACAGGAUCUGUGUCGAGAGCGAUCUGGGAGGAGAGCAAAGGGCAAGAAGAGUGACUCGAAAAGGAAAGGCCACGAGUGCCCAAAGGGCAGCCCUGAGAAGAAAGAGAAAGUGAAGGCGGGUCCCGACUCAGUCCUGGGGCAGCUGGGACUAUCCACCUCAUUCCCCAUCGACGGCACCUUCUUCAACAGCUGGCUCGCACAGUCGGUGCAGAUCACUGCAGAGAACAUGGCCAUGAGUGAGUGGUCCCUGAACAACGGACACCGGGAGGACCCUGCUCCAGGGCUGCUAUCAGAGGAGCUGCUGCAAGAUGAGGAGACAUUGCUGAGCUUCAUGCGGGACCCCUCACUGCGACCCGGCGACCCUGCCAGGAAGGCCCGAGGCCGUACCCGUUUGCCUGCCAAGAAGAAAUCACCCCAGGAUGGGCCUGCUGCACGAACAACUCCAGACAAAACCCCCAAGAAGACCUGGGGCCAGGAAGCAGGCAGUGGCAAGGGUGGGCAAGGGCCAGCGGCCAGGAAGCCACCACGGCGAGCACCUUAUCUGCCCAGUCCUGUGACCAGGGACUGCCCCAUUCCAUCAGCUCCCAAGAGCCCCCCACCACUGGCCCCUGAGACUCUGGACGAGGUCACCCCUGUGGAUGCCGACUCAGAUGUCCAAGUGCCUGGCCCCACACCAAGCCCCAAGCCCUCAGGUCGGCUUCGGCCGCCCCGAGAGAGCAAGGGGACCCGGAGGUGGUCAGGUGCCAGGCCUGAUUCCGGGACAGGACCGCCUUCUGCUGUGGCCGAGAGGCCAAAGGUCAGCCUACACUUUGACACUGAGACUGAUGGCUACUUCUCUGAUGGAGAGAUGAGCGACUCAGAUGUGGAGGCUGAAGAAAGCGGGGUGCAGAGGGGUCCUCGGGAAGCAGGGGCUGAGGAGGUAGUCCGCAUGGGGGUACUGGCCUCCUAAGUCAGUCCUCCCCCUGUCCUGGGUCCUGCCCUGGUCCCCUCCCUUCUCCCCAAGAGGCCUCAGCCCUGUCACAACUGCCAUUUCCAAUUUUUGCUGAGUGUCCCAGACCUUGAGGCUACCACGCUGUUGUGGUUUUAUUUUUAAUAUAUAGAGAGUUUUGAAUUCCACACUGUUGUCUUUCCUCUGUGCUGGCCUAGGACAUUAGGAUUCCUUCCACAGCUCUGGCCACAAGGACCAUUCCAGGUCCUGUGCAGCAUCCCCGCUCCGGCCCAGUGGCACGGCCGGGCUCCUGGCUAGAUGUAGAUGAGGUGAUGAAGAGCCCGGCACUCCCACCCACUGCCACUGGAUGACACAGGCUGUCAUUUGGGCAUUAUUUCAUGGCAGUUGGGCCAGCCCACGGCCUGCCCCGUCUUGCCCUGAGUCCCACUGGGGUCCAUUUGGGGGGUCCUGCUGCAUUCCACUGAUCCCCAAGGAAGUUUAUAAUAAAGUGACACCCAGCCAGAGUCUACUCACUGUCACAAGCACAAUGAGCACUGAGAAAGCACUGAGGGGCGCAGAGGGCCCGCUGGUUCCAGGGGAACCACAGCUGAUCUCGAUAACCCACAUCUUGUGAGGCCCGCCUGCCCACCCCACGCCCCUCCACUCCCUCGCUGCUCCUCCCCUGCCAGUGCCCAGCCUGGCGGCUCUGGGAAGGAGUUCCCAGAAUCCUUCCUGAGCUGUGCCAUUUACUCAGGGGACUCCCCAACAGCCAGCCGCGUGCGCCGGCAGAGGGCUGCCAGGGAGGGCCAGUGCCCAGACGGGCGUGGGGCUCAGACUUGCCCAUUGCGGAAAAUCGCUCUGGGGCUCCAACUUCCUUCCUUUGGGGCCAGUUUCGGCCAAAGUCUGAUCACUCCCUGACAGCUGACCAGACCAGACCAUUUGCCUUUUUCGAGUUUCCCAGUCCUGCUAAGAAUUGAGCUUCUUCCUUGGUUUCCUUUUGGAAACUCCUCCUUCCAACAAGCAGUGGGAUCCCGGGGCCCAGGGUAGGCCAGUGAUGGCCUGCUGGAGCUGUGCUAAGUCUUGCUGGAUGGUCCUGGUUCCUUCAUCCCUCUGAGCCUUAACUCCCUUUCCCAGUCAUGCUGUCCCCUAACCCCCAUUACCCUACCUUGACUCACCUACCCUUCCCCCAGGUCCCAGGUAGUUCUGAAAAGUUUCAGUGGAGUGGCCCCAGGGUGAUAGCUCAGGGAACAAACAAAAAAGGAAUUCAGUAAAAAAACAAAACAAAAAAAAAGUCUCUUUCUUUCUUUUAUGGAUUACUCCUGGGUCACUCCACCACUGGUAAAGCCAGAACUUCUCCAACAAGAACCUUGCAAAAGUCCAGUGAAUCAGUCGAAUCAUUCUAUGGAUGCCAAAGAAUAUUUUGACCAUAAUACAGCACAGCCUGGACCUGACAACUUGUCACUUGGACUUUUUUUAAUGGAGUUCUUUAGCAACAAAGUCUAGAAACAUGUUCAUUGCACACACCCAAGGAGAUGAGCCCAAGCUCUCGGAAGAGGAUACUGUUCUGCUGCUGAACUGUUGGAACCGGGAACCGCUGUUGGAUUUCAGAUCCUGGGCUGGGCCCACUGUGAGCUUUCCUAAACUCUGAGACUCACGGGGGUGGACACUGACAGCAAAACCAGCAUGGCAAAAAUCUUUACCAUGUGGUCCUCCCCCCAUGCAAAAACAUAAAGCGCAAAUAAACAGUAUGGGGAGUGGUCUGACCCUCCCCAUCCCACUGCUGACUCCAAAACUAUCAAGGUACGACAGUGGCAUCAUCAGCACUCAGCUUCUUCAUGUAGAUUUGAGCAAAACAGAAGACAAAGAUAAUGACUAGGUUCAGAGGUUCGUGUCCAGUAGGAGCGGACGCUUCAGAAGGCACUUCAAGGAUUCUGGGCGUUGGAAAGGCAGAAGCUCCCACAUAGAGUUUAGUCCACCUGCCUGCCUGUGUGGCCAGUGCCUGUCAACAUCGGUGUCCCAACCCCAUUCUCUGUUUACUGCCUUGAACAGACCUCCUUCCUUCCCUUUAUUCCAGUCAUCUCUGGUCACAUUGUACCAGAUUGCCUGGUCUGACCUCGUAGUAAGCAAAGAGUUGAGCUUAAAUAAUAACCAAACUCUGCCAGGAGGUAGGGUGGGGGUGUUGAGAAUGGCCCAAGUUCAGUCGACUCAGCACUUGCCAUUGGCCCUUUCAUCCACCUUGAGGCAGAUCUAGGCACCCUGGAGAAAGUGCAGUGGGCCUUGCCAGGGACUGGGUGGGCCACACAGCACUCUGCAGGAGGCCUCUGCUCAACUUAGCCUCUGGCUUCUGACCAGUUUCUCAGUUGGCUCUUACUAUGUCCUACACAGAGCCCAAGUGUCUGCUAUAUUGCCUGGCAAGGGCCCCACUCACUCCCAGGCCAGGCAGCCCGCCACAUCUAGUGUGUUCACCAGGCUGUAGGGAGAACAAGAAUGCUGGUCCCCACAGCCAUCCACUCCUUACUCUUCUCAUUUUUUUCACUCCUACUAUCCAUAAUGUAGGUGAAUUUGCUCCCUUCCCUCUCCCUGCCCCUGCCCCAAUGUUAAGUUAAAUAGCAGGGAAAGAGGGAGAAGACCUUUUCCAGGCCAGAGUACUGAGACUGCCUUUUCAUUUUGAUCCCAUCUUCCCACACUCAUUGGCCCUCCGCAGGGAGGGAGAAGCUGCUCUGUAACUCAUUCUGGUUGUCAUUCCCAUUCUCCCAGUCCUGGCCGCCUAGCCCUCCCCACCCCCUUCUCCCUAUCACAGUGAAAAAGGAUAAUGUGCAAGGAAAGUAUUUUUAUGGAUCGUAAAUGUAUUUUAAAGCAAGGAGAAGGUAGAAGGGUUUAUUUUGUUAAACAAGCUCUGACUUUGAGGCCGAGUGUGAGCAUUUACAAUGGAAGGAUCUCCACUCAUUGGAGAAACCACCCUGCUUUCCAGACAUGGGUGUUGGACUGAGUGUGUACUAGGACAUGUUUCACAUGUCCACAUGCACACAUGUCUGGGUGUGUUAAAUAUGGGCACAAUAUGGGACUUGCAGGGGGCAAUUCCUAGAGAAUCAAAUGCCCAAUUGUAGUAGACAUUGGCAGCAGCUGGACUUGGCAUUUCCUUGCUCACUGCCAGAUAUAACCAACCUCUGCCCAUGCCCGAGCUUUGCAGAAUGGUCUGGAUACCUGCAACCAGGCCUUUGGGGAAGCCACUUCCCAUGCCUCUGGCCCCACUGGCCACAUUGGCUAAGGUGCCAGGGCUGGAGUCUGAGACCUUUGGUUGUUCUUUAAGGCACUUCCUGCCACCUUGCCCCUCAGACGCACAACACUCUGUGCUCCACAUCAACUCGGGUGGGGGAUGAUAUGAAUGUCACAGGAGGAGACACCUUCUGUCUUUGUUUCAAAGAAAGUGAUGUGCCAUUUGUUAAUAUACAAGAGAAAUAUUGAAAAUAUAUUGAAAAGAGCAAUUUUAAAUUAUUUUUGGCUUAUGUUGCAAUAUUUAUUUUCUUGUAUUAGAAAAGAUUCCUUUGUAGAGAAAAAAAAUGUAUUUUUCAUUAACGCAAAGACCUAUUUCUCCUUUUUGUACAUUGUCCAUGUUCGCUACCCUUAAUGAGCAAUAGAAUGUAUGGCCACAAGGGUGUGGUCAGUGCCCGCUGUGCCCUGCAUGAUUCUGUGUUGCCACUGCUGCGUAGCUCCCAGUCCCCUCCUGUCCUGCUCACUCAUGGGGGUUUCAAGACCUCGGCCCCUGCCAGGGCCUGUGUCUUAAGGAGCCCUGCACUCCUCAUGUGUUGGCAAACGCAGUUAAUAAAGCAAUGUUUUCUGUG